AUGGUGGGAACAUUCCAUCGCGAUCCGCUGGAUCCCAGCGCCUUCGACCUGGAACGCAUGCCUCCCAGCUUGAGCAUGGAUGCCGACUUUCGCCAACAGGCGUCUAAGCCACUGCAAUGGGUCGAUGACACCAAGGGUGAUCACGACGACGACCUGCUCACCACAGACACCUCGGGGCCUUGCACGCCUUCGAUCGCGAACACGCGCAGUCCCACACCUUUGCUUGCAGCCUACUGCGGCACUGAGCCCAAGCAAGUCGCCAUCACUUCCGGUGUCCGAGCGUGGACCAAGCAUCAAGCCUAUGAAGCUAGUGAUGCUCUUAUCAAGUAUGCCACCGCGUCUCCACUUCUGCCCCAACAGGUCGCCGAGAUGGUCUCGAAUCUGUCCGUCAUUGCUCGUGUCUCACUCAAGGCUGCUGCUUUUUUCAUCGAAGUCAUCCUCGAGGCGGUCAAAAACAGCACGGGAAUGACGCUCGGCGUCACUCGCCGCGCCCUCAUCAGCGCAGUGGGAACGGCCAGGGCGGUGCACUCGCUCACCUUGGGCGAAGCUUGGGACGCCAAGGACACCGGCAGAUCAUCACAGGCUGCCCCGCCGUCCUUCCUCAGCAUUUUGGACAAGUAUACAGCGGUCGGAAUCUAUCUCAUACAUCACACUUUUACGCUCACAGAGCUCUUUGCGAUGGGAACGUUCCAGCUCGUUGGCACCACCCUGAAUGUCGGUCUCUCAGCCGCAGACGAGUCGGUGCGUACCAUCGACGGACUCUUUGGCUCCAACGAGACGUCGCGUGCGCUUGCAUCCUUCGUCUCCCUCGUCCGCGGUGAGGUCAGCAACGAUGCACGCUUUGCCAACAACAGCACCCUCUCCAUUCUGAACAAGUUGACCAAAGCUGUCACUGCUUUCGCCGUCCUCCAAAACUCAACGUACAAGCGCAGCGCCAAGAGCAUGAAGAUGCGCGUCAUCUAUGACUGCACUGUGCUCGGCGAGGUCGAGGCCAAGAGCUGGCGUUCGCUCAUGGUCGGCUCUGGCAACUUCAUUCGUGCCUCUCCGUCCAAAUUACUCGCAUCAGCUGCAGAGGGAUUGGAGACCCUUUCCGUCCGCUCGCCGCCUCCCCGGGCUGCGUCUCUCCUCGAUACCACAGGGCAUUUCCUGCAUCCAUCCAAGAGCAACACAGGUCUUCCUUCGUCCAAAUCUAGGGGCUUCCUCGGUGAUGGUCUCUGCCUCACUGACGUCAAUCCUUCAACAUCGCAUGCAAGUACAUGGAGUCCAAGCUGGGCUGCUCCGAACGUCGUCGAAGCCAACGCUGAGGCAGAUAACGUCGACAACGCGUCCUUGAUGGCUGACCUCAACUUUCUGGUCGGCGCCGAUGAUGGCGACUCGUCGAACGACUCGAACCUCACCGAUAAUCAGCUUUCACCAAACUUGCGCCAACAGCUCCAGGUCUAUACGGACGAUCAGCUUCGUGACGGCGUUGUGCUGCGAGACGAGUCUGCAGAUGCAACUCCGCAGCAGCACUUUAGACGCAUUCGCAAGACAAACCGUCAAAAUGGCAAGCGCGAGACCAUAUACGAGAUCACAACGGAGAUCAUCGAGACCGUUGAAACUGUCACUACUGUCGAGCAGACAAGAUCUGCUUUGCUGCUACCAGACAAACCAACAACAUUGCUGUCGAGUUUCAACAAGUCACAGACCCAGGGAACGGCCGCACCAUCACAUCAGGAUCACAGCAUGCUGCAGCGCGACGUCACCAGCACCAUGAGCGGCACGGAGACACGUUCCAUCUUUGACGGUGGCUUCGAAACCAAAACCGAAGAGGACGAAGAGUGGUGUGAGAUCCGUACAACCAACUGCGAUACGGCAGGUCAUGGUCGUGUUGAAUCUGACUCGGCUCAUCCGGUUCAUCGCGCCGAAGAUAGCAUGGUCGACGAAAAUAAUUUGAUACUUCCCGAGGCCCCAAAUGGCCAUCGAAUGCUUACCACAAGGAAGGAGGAUGCCUCAUCGAAGAUGCCUGUGGUCCUCAAGACGAUCACCAAGAAGCUGAUUCAGAAGCGAAAGACGAUUCGUAAAAUCGAAGUAGACAGCAUGCAUGGCGACACUCAUGACCCGAUACGGGAUCUUGGCGCAGAUGACAGGACCGCUGGUUCACGUCGGGCGGGUCAACGGUCUAGGAGCCCGCAGCCCUCACACGGAGCGCCGCUAGGCCCAAUCUUGUCUCCCGUUCAUGCUUCAAAGGGUGCACCGUCCCAUUUGUCAGACACCAACGAAUCCAGGGCCGGUGCGAGCCGAGAGGCCCCUCACGGAAAGGGUGUGGAUCUAGGUCGCGGACUUAACAAGGUACUUCGUCGCGCCAAACAAUCUUUCAGAAACGACCAAUCUUCAGAAAAGCCAGCGGAUUCCUCAUCUCGGCUAGCACAUAUCCCCACAGCACGCAACAUUCAAGUGGGAUUGCCCUCCAAAACACCUGGCUCAGGCCGUACGACGCCCUCUGCUUUGCUCACUCCGCUGCCUUCCCCUGGAAAGACCAAGCGAGACUCAGGUGCAGACCUUGGAUCGAUUUCGAAGGCGACAAAGCGAAGUGGGGAUGGCAGGAUCUCGGCACAGACUAGCCCUCGUAGGGUGAUGAAGGAGCUGCCAUCUAUCCCGCAGAGGGGAACUUCGCAGCAGACCCUAUUCCCCACCGAAUCAGGCCGAACGUCUGUCAUUCCACCGACACCAAAAGGGUCGCUGCGCGAAAACAAGCGACGCAGUAGAGCGCCCUCGAUCACCUCGAUACAUUCAUACACUUCGCGCUCGCACCUCUCGAGCCUCUCGAAGACAGGCCUUACGGCCAGAAUUUUAUGCGAAUCCUCGGAAUCGGAAGCCUAG